AUGAGCUCCAAGAAGCUGGAGGCUGCUGAUGGAAAGAUGGCAGAGGCACCCAUGACAUUCAAGGAGGCUGUCACAGUUACCUUGUUCAUGCUCACUCUUUGCGGAGCCAUGUAUCAGAAUGUCAACAAUGCUAGCGGUCCAAACAUUGCUUUGCCUGCUAUCCAAGCUGCUUUAAACAUUCCAGAUGCCAAUCUCCAAUGGGUUGUGACGGCGUAUCAACUAGCCUUCUCUGGAACGUUGCUUUUCUUUGGUAGAUUGUCAGAUCAAGUCGGUAGAAAACGUGUCUUUGUAACUGGAUUCGUUUGGAUGUUGAUAUGGUCCAUCGUGUGUGCAGUCGCUCCAAACUCAAUAGUGCUCUUCGUUGCUCGAGCAAUGCAAGGAGUCGCUACCGCUGCAACAGUUCCUGCAGCAAACGGAAUAUUGGGGGCUUACUUUGUGACUCCGAAGGCUAGGAAUAUUGCCAUAUCGAUUUAUGGAUGCACUGCCCCAGCUUCUUUUGCUGUUGCUAUAUUUCUAGGAGGUAUUCUGGUGGUCUCCUCUGUUGGAUGGAGAUUUGUAUUUUACGUGCAGGCCAUACUAUCUGGCAUUUUGCUCCUUCUUGGAAUAUUUGUAUUGCCUGCAGAUAAGGCAGGCAUGACCUUUGACAUGAAGUCAUUUGAUUCUGUUGGUGCUGCCUUGAUAACAGUUACUGUGAUUCUCUUCAACUUUGCUCUAACGUCUGCCCCCGGUUCUGGCUGGCUUACUCCAUCAGUCAUUGCCUGUCUGAUACUCGCAAUCUUACUGUUAGUCGGUUUUAUCUUAUGGGAGAAACGAGUCUCGAAUCCUUUGGUUCCAGUCGAAGUCUGGCAAGCCAUGGAUGUAAUAGUAAUCAUCGUCGCCGCAUUUUUGGUCGGAAUGGGCUUCCAGUGUUAUGUGUAUUAUGUGAAUCUAUACUUCCAGAAUAUCACAAUGAGAACAGCUCUUCAAGCAGCUAUUGGCUUCAUACCCAUGGCCAUAUCUGGAUUUGUUACAGCUCUUGCAACCGGGUUUAUCGCAAACCAGCUCAGAAACUUUAGAAAGUUUAUGAUGAUGUCGAUACUGUUUAUGACUACAGCGUGUCUCUUGUUUGCUGUAACUGGUGGAGACACUAACUAUUGGACAUUGCCUCUUCCAUCGCUUAUCCUGAUUGUUGGUGGUUAUGACGUCUUCUUCAACAUUUCUUCCAUCAUUUGCAUAUCAGCUGUAGCACCGAAAUCGAGGUCUAUUGCUGGUGGAGUCUUCAAUACGGCGAUAUCGCUUGGCAAUGCUGUUGGUUUGGCCAUAGAAUCAGCCAUAGCCGACUCAAGACCCAGCUUGAUACUUGGAUAUCAAGGUGCCUUCUGGUGCUCUGUAGCUUCAAUGGUACUAGCUGCUAUUGUCUUACUCUUCAAGUUUAAUGGGGAGAAUCCAGAGCUGCGACAUCAUCCACAAGAUGAGGACGUUAGUUUCCAUGGAGAUGUGAAGGUUAACGAAGUAGAGCUGCAACAUGAUCAGAGUGGUGAUGAGGCUGAAACACGAGAUACGAGUAUGGAUAUCACUGAUACUACACUACCAAAACUUUAG